UGUUUGCUAACCACCUAUAAAUAAUAUAAGGAAGAAGGAGCACAAGCUCAACGUCGCCAUGGCAAGCAGGAAAACUUCCCGGCCAAACCGAGACAGCGGGGACAAAUACUCAGUACUAUUACCCACCUACAACGAAAGAGAAAACCUGCCUUUAAUAGUGUGGCUGCUUGUCAAGUAUUUCGGGGAAAGUGGGUUUAACUACGAGAUAAUUGUUAUUGACGACGGAAGCCCAGAUGGGACACUGGAGGUGGCAGAACAGCUUCAGAAAGUCUAUGGGGAGGACAAGAUCCUGCUACGACCAAGAGCAAAAAAAUUAGGCCUAGGCACUGCCUACAUUCACGGCAUGAAGCAUGCUUCUGGGAACUUCAUCAUCAUAAUGGAUGCAGAUCUUUCCCAUCAUCCCAAGUUUAUCCCAGAGUUUAUUCAGAAGCAGAAGGAAGGCAAUUACGACCUGGUUUCUGGUACUCGAUACCGAGGGAACGGAGGGGUUUACGGCUGGGACCUUCGCAGGAAACUCAUCAGUCGGGGGGCCAACUUUUUGGCUCAGGUGUUGUUGAGACCUGGUGCUUCAGAUCUCACAGGCAGCUUCAGACUAUACAAGAAAAAGGUGCUGGAGAGUCUUGUUGAGCAGUGUGUGUCCAAAGGCUACGUCUUUCAGAUGGAAAUGAUCGUCCGAGCCAGACAACUCAACUACACAAUCGGAGAGGUACCCAUUUCCUUUGUGGACCGAGUUUAUGGAGAGUCCAAACUAGGAGGGAAUGAGAUCGUAUCGUACGCAAAGGGACUGCUCAUGCUUUUUGCCACAACAUGAUCAGUUUGUAAAAUCCACAGGCCUGUAGUCUUACUGUGUUUAAUACAGUUCUAUCAGAAUUGUAAUGAGGAAGGGGGGAAAAAAACUCCACUUGCCUGUGGUCAGACAGCAAAUACCAAGGGAGACGUCUCUCCCUGUUAGGUGUAAAUAUAAAAGAAGUCCCUGUCAGUAGACCUUCAAGAAUACAAAAGAAACAUAGUGCUUUACAUUCCCAUCAUCCUCUUUAAUCAGUUUCUGGCAAAGCGUCUCAUCACUCUGCAUUAACAAGCUGUCACAUGACUUAAAGUGCACACUGAAGUGCUCCACCUAUGCUUGAUUGUAUAGAAUUAAACUGUUUUUUUUUAUCACUGGCCUUGAGAGAUUUUUUUUUCCUUUUGGGAUGCAGGCAGCUUCUCUUACUGAUGUUCUUUAAGGAGUUUAAAGCCUGAAAUAAACAUGAUUGUUUAUUAAUAUUUUGGACACAGAACCUCCGAGAUUUUUUAGUAAAUUGGGUUUUUCCUGAUAAUUGUUGUAGUAGUGACUCUAUACGGCCCUUAUGGAAGUUUAACUCUGUCAUUCUCAACAAAUAAAUAUUUUUCUUCCCAUUUCUUCAUUGCAUAUUAGGGGGGAAAAAAGUUCCAUUUGUAGAUUGUUUACUGGUUUUCAGAUUGCUGUAAAUGCAUUUAAUCACAACACCAUUAACCUUUUGGAUUCCACUGUUAUCACGCGAGUCUACUGACAAGUCUGCGUGUAUUAGCAGAAUGCUACCAUUUAAAGAACAAAAUGAGCUUCAGUGUAAGAAAAAGUCAAGGACAUAAGUUGUUUCAUUAUGGAGAAUGUCGCCAGUGCCCCCUGCAGGGCCCCCACUGAAUUGCGACCAAUUCCUGAACAACGGAGUUAACGGGAGGUGGAGUAACUACAUCCAAACUUUUGGACCACCCUACAGUAACUCCGACCGUGUUCUCUUCAGAGGGUUAGGCUGAUGAGGAGUUGAUCAGUGAUGGUGUUUGGCCACUGAGUAACCUUUUCCCUUGUGUUAUUUAAAUUUCAAGUAAAGGAAUAAUUUUGUGUUUUAUUA